UGACGUAAAAUCCUAGAUACGAAACCUUCUAAAACACCUCGCUAUGACGUCACAACAUGGCGGCGCCCAUGUCGAGACGUAGCUUACCUGAGGCAGCACAAGUCAACACCAAAGUCGCUACAUACAUUACGCCACAUCAGGUAGACUGAUGGAACGAGGUGAAGAGAAGGCUUGGAUCUGUUUUACAUACUAAUUCCAACGCCAUCCUAUGCACAACAUUCAAAGAGAUUCAUACGCAACUGAUGGAGGAAGUUCAGGGCCCCUGCACCAACAGGAAUGGCCAGGCGGUGACGCAAAGUAGGCCACAAUCUCCUGGCUGAACACGAGACAAACAUGGAGUCCACACCGCUUCUUGAAAACAAGGCUAAAGAAGAGAAGUCUAAGCUAGGAAAUCUACUCAAGGCCAACAUUGUGUUUCUUGUUUACCAGCUGUCUAUCAAUGUCCAUGAUCCAGUGUUAACACAAUACCUUUACCAGAGGUACUCCGAGGAGGUGUUCGGCAACAGCACAAAGUCAGCCAGUACUGCUAAUCAAACGUCCAAGUGUUACGUCAAUGAGUCGGAUCCAGGAUACCUGUUACAGGAAAGGGUUCAGGUUCUUACUUCCAACUGUCAGACAAUACUCACAGCUAUCGGAAACUCUACAGCGUUAAUUAGCUGUAUGUUCUUGGGGGCGUAUUCUGAUUUUCUUGGUCGACGAUUUCUCUUCAUAUUACCUUUAGUCGGCCAGAUUCUGAAGAAUGUAUUGACGAUAUUUGUUAUUUACUGGAAUCUAGAUCUGAAAUACCUGUACGUUAGCGAGGUGAUUGAAGGUGUUUCGGGAGGAUAUAAUGGUGUGAUUCUGGCUACCUAUGCCUACACGGCUGACAACACACCACCUAAGAACUCACGGACAGUUGGCAUUGCUGUGCUAGAUUUCACCACCUACCUAGCAGCCGCAGUUUCCCAAGUGAUUACUGGAUACUUCAUCAAAUACCUAGGUUACCUCUACCCGUCCAUAACUACGACUUCGCUAAUGCUUCUGUCACUAAUUCUUGUCGUUGUUCUUCUUCCUGAAACUAUCAACAAAGAUAGAAGAUCCCAGUACCCAUCUCCGGUGAAGGCGGUGAAAAAUGUUUUUGGAUUCUACUUUUCAAAAGAUUUUGGACAAACAAGAAGUCUUUUCUGGCUUUCGCUGACAGCGUAUUUCAUAACAUAUUUUAGUUUGAGUGGUGUCUUUUUUCUGGAGUAUCUUUUCCAGCUGAACCUGCCAUUCUGUUGGGGACCAGAGCUCAUCGGCUAUUUCAAUAUGGCGUUGGCCCUUUCCAGACAAAUUCUUGGGAUUCCAGUCAUCAAACUACUUCAUUUAUGCACCUCCGACCCAGGACUAUGUAUCAUAACAUCUGUCAUACUGGCCGUAUCCUACGUCCUAAAUGGUGUGGCCAACACUGACGUCAUGCUCUUCCUGUGUGUUUUGCCCAGUGGUAUUGCAGCUCCUUUGUUGCCAGCACUGCGGGCUAUCAUGUCACGGAUGGCCCCUCCUGAAAUGCAGGGAUCACUGUUUGCGAGUAUCGGACUUGUGAACAUCAUCUCAUCGGGUACUGGGAUGAUAAUUUUCAACGAGAUGUAUAAUGCCACUGUGAAGAUGCUCCGUGGAUUUGUUUUCUUCGCCGGUGCGGGAUGCCAACUGUUGUGUGCAGUUAUCAUAGUAGUGUUCUUGUGUAUCUCCCGCCGCAGGAGUGUAACUGAUACCUCCACUGUUGGCCUCAAUGACUGAACGCCAGGCCUCAUCAUCUACCAACACAAGUCUGUCACCGACACGACCAUGUGACUGUCACGCGACUCGCGUGUGUGUUAUGCAACAUGGCCGUAAGUGCCUGCGCAUUUGUAUAUUCAGCUAAUCUAGUUGAGCCGUGGGUCCCCUGUUGCUACUUUUCGCUUGUUAUGCAUUGUACCCUCUUGUAGAGGAGUUUACUAGUAUUUUGUAUAUGUGACUCCCGUCACUGUUUCUGAUUUUAUAAGGGAGAUAUAAGCUUUAUACCGCUCCCACCUUUAUGUAUACCCCUUAUUUGAUCAGGGUUUUUGUUAACUACAAAAUUGUACAAACUAUUGUCUCAAUAUCCACCUAUAUCUAAUUGUAGUAGAGCUAACGCUCUUCUUAUACAUGUAUUCCCCUUCACUGUACAUACGCUUACAAGUGAGUUAUGGUCGUUUAUGUACCCAAGUAUUAGCACACUUCUUUGUUGGACAGAGUCUAGGUGCCAACCUUCACCCUCGCGUGAGGUAUGUCCUCUGCGACGUCCACGCGGUUACGUUAUAGCUGGACCUGGCCAGUUAUCCGACACACCUGGGGAAAGUUAGACUGCUGUGUGCAUGUCGGCCUACUACCAGUUGUCAAUUGCCGCAUCGUGGGGACCGAACAUGGGAGCUCAAGACUGGUUUUUGUGAUGGUACAUCUUGUUCUGGUCUGUUUGUCCUAUUGAUCACUUUGGGUGUUAAAUGUUUAUUGGCCCGAUACUCUCCCUGUAAGUGGCGGUAGUUACGGUGGAGUAAUCAAUAACACGGAAGGCCUCUGACAGGUAAUUAAGGGCAACAAUGGAGUGUGUUAAUUGAAUCACAACACCUAGCUGAUUGCAAUUAGACAAGGGGCAAUUAAGCAAGCUGGAUACAGGUGUAAUUAACAGGUGUAUUA